UGGUCGUGCACUGGGGCGGGGAGAGCCCCGUGCAGAGCCAAGAUCGGAGAGCUGGGGACCCGUGGGCAACACGGCGUCCAGGAGGUACCUGGACUCCUUCCUGCAGCGCGCCGUCGAGCCCCGGCUGGGCAGGGACUACGAGGUCUGGAGCGUGUGCGUCGACUCCUCCGCGGCCCUCGAGGCCCUCGCGGCGGCGGCGCCCGCCGCGUUCGCCCACCACCCGAUCCGGCGCUGCAGGCGCACGGCGGCUUUGUUCUGCCUCGAGGGGCAGAAGUCGGCGUCAAAAGUUGGCAUUCUGGAAGUUUUGUGCCCUUGCCUCUUUUUGUUCCUCGGCCUUCCUCUACCCGACCCUGUACCAGGAGGGCUCAGAGGUGCACAUGGCCCGCGGGAACCUGGGCGCGGGUUUCGUCCACGCCGCGGGGCUGCUCGCGGCGAUGGAGCGCCUGGAGCGCGUGGGCAUCCCCGUGAAGUUCCCGCACCCCCCAGGGCUCUAUCGGCUGCUGACGGGCAAGAGCUGGACGCACCUGCUCGCCCCCGCGGGGGGGGCCCCGGCCGUGCCCGCCACCGUCUCGCUGCCCCGCGGCCUGGCCGAGCGCGACCUGCGCCUGGCGGCCAGGAGCGCCGUGCGGCAGCUGGAGGCCGUGCGGCGGCUGCGCGGCUCGCACGGGCGCGUGCGUCGCGGGGUGGCCAAGCUCGGCUUCUCAUCGCGCUGGACGUGGCCUCGUGGCGCGGGGUCCCCGGGCUCGUCGAAGCCCUGCGGGGCUUCCUGCACGCCUACGACUGGGGCGGCCGGGAGGUGAACCCCGCGCACGACAGCACCUCGAUCUUGGUCGCAGGAGUUCGUAGAGCACGCCCUGGAGCUUCGCCUGUACGUCGUCGCGGGCCGCGUGGAGGGCGUCGCGUACACAAAGGUGCUGCCGACGGACGACGGCCUCGCCUUCGAGGAGUUCGAGCUAGCGAAGGACGCGAGGGAGGCUCAUCGCUUCCUCGGCGGCGACGGGGCCGCGCUGGCGGAGGCCGAGCGACAGGCGAGGGCGCAGGUGCCGGGCUGGCUGGCAUGGCUCUCGGCGCAGACGUGCGAGGCGAUCGCCGCGGUGCGGCUCGACUUCUUCGUGCAGGCCGCGCCCCCGGGCUCGGUGCGCGUGCUGCUCUCGGAGGUAUGCCCGAACGGGUUCAGCAUGCUGGGGAACGGCCGGGAGCUCGCGGACAAGGUGUUUCGUGCCGUGCUGAGCGAUUGCUUGGGGGAGCUCGAGUGCACGGGCGAGUCGGAUCCGGAUGACCCCACCGAGGCUGAAAA